AUGCUUCUAAGAAUUCUCUCUCUCUCUCUCUCCCCCUCUCUCCCCCUCUCUCUCCCCCUCUCUCUCUCUCUCUCUCACACAUUUCUUCUGAACAUUUCUCUUUCUCACUUAUUCUCUUUCUUUAUUCUUUGCUUCUCUCUUUCUCUGUCCUCUUUCAUAACUCUCUCUACUCGCUCGCUUUUACUUUUGCUUCUUUCUUUCAAUUCGCUUCUCUUUUGUUUGUUCUCUGUUUCUUUCUCGCUGGAACCUAUACUUUCUCCAGAUUUUCUUUUCUUUUCUUUUUCUUCCCCCUCCUUUUUCAACUUCCUUCAUUGCUUCUUUAUCUUCUUCUUUUCCCCGCACUCUUCAUUAUACAUUGCCUUCUUUUUCUUUUUCCUUUCUUUUUUUCCCUAUCAUCUUUUUUCUUUACUUUUACUUUCAAUUAUCCUUCUUUAUUUUUUUUUUCACUAUUAA